AUGUCGGCCUCCCACUUCAAUGAGGACGGCAGCUUCCAAGCUGUGCCUCAGAAGGCGCAAUCUCAAAACCUUCCCGGUCUUGAGAAGAACAUGGAGCCGGCCAGCCAGGCAACCAAACUCGAGGGCGCGGGGCAGGCCUAUGAGUAUCUUGCGGCGGGCAAGCUCAAGGGUUGCAAAUCACUCAUCACAGGCGGAGACUCCGGGAUUGGCCGCUCGGUAGCUGUACUCUAUGCGCGCGAGGGCGCCGACGUUAGCAUCGUGUACUUGCCCCAGGAGCAGUCUGAUGCCGAGGAUACCAAGAAGAUGGUGGAAAAGGAGGGACAGAAGUGUCUACUAAUCCCCGGGGACUUGAUGGACUACAGCAAAUGCAAAGAUGCAGUGCAAAAGCAUGUGGACGCCUUUGGCGACCUACAUGUACUCGUCAACAAUGCCUCGAAACAGAUCAUGUGCGAGGAGUUUGCUGAUAUCAAUAUGGAGAACGUCGAAAGCACGUUCCGUAGCAACAUUCUGCAGAUGUUUGCCGUGACCAAAUACGCGUUGCCGCAUAUGAAGAAGGGAGGAUCCAUCAUCAACACAACCUCGACCGUCGCCUUCCGCGGCACUGCGGCCAUGGUCGACUACGCAGCCACCAAAGGCGCUAUCGUGUCUUUCACGCGGGCGCUGGCCAAAAAUUUGAUGCCCAAAGGCAUCCGCGUCAACGCAAUUGCUCCCGGACCCGUGCACACACCUCUACAACCGGCGUCGCGGCCGGCCGAGCAGAUGGAAGGGUUUGGGGGCAAAUCGGGGAUUGGGCGGAUCGGCCAGCCAAGUGAGAUCGCGCCGAGUUUUGUGUUUUUGGCGAGUAAGGAUGCGGAACUGUAUUAUGGGCAGGUGUUGCAUGCGUAUCCGUUGGGGGAUUAG